CUCCUGAUGGUCGGAGUGUCACAGUCCCUCUAGCGGCUGCACUGGAGGGCAGGUGCCCUCCAGCCAGCCAAGGGGAAGUGGCCUUCUAGGCUGGAGGUGGCCAGCUCAUGGCCACAGGUGCUAAGAGGGCCCUGGAGGCCCCGGGAGCCAUGUGUGAAAUGUGCCACGAAAGCCAAGGCAGGGCUGAGCCUUGCCCUUCUGGGACACAGGCAGCCUGUCGGAUGGGGCCCCACACUCCACAGUGUGUGCCCUGCUGUCCCCUGCUGGGAGUGGGGCCUCCCGUGCAGCCAUGGCGGCCUCUCUAGGGACCAUCCAGUGUCUCCUGUCCAGCCCCAUCUCGCUUUUCCCACCCACAGGCUAACACUGUCACUGGCUGAGACCUAAAAGAUGGCAUCCAACCAAGGCCCCGGUCCCCCUGGUGAGGGCUGCGAGGAGGCCCCCGGGCCAUCGUUAGCUGAGCAGCAGGUGGCCCGGGACACCGAGGAGGUUUUCCAAAGCUACGUGUACUACCGCCACCGGCAGGAGCAGGAGGCCGAGGGCGCGGCCGCCCCUGCUGACCCUGAGAUGGAGACCCUGUCCCUAGAGCCAAGCAGCACCCUGGGCCAGGUGGGUCGGCGACUGGCCAUCAUCGGGGAUGACAUCAACCGGCGCUACGACGCUGAGUUCCAGAACCUGCUGCGGCAGCUGCAGCCCACAGCCGAAAACGCCUACGACCUCUUCAUCAGGAUCGCAUCCAGGCUGUUUAAGAGCGGCAUCACCUGGGGCCGUGUGGUGGCGCUCCUGGGUUUUGGCUAUCGCCUGGCCCUGCACGUCUACCAGCACGGCCUGUCUGGCUUCCUGGGCAAGGUGACCAGGCUGGUGGUGGACUGCAUGCUGCACUACUGCAUUGCUGGGUGGAUCGCACAGAGAGGCGGCUGGGUGGCAGCCCUGGACUUGGGCAACGGCCCCAUCCGGAACGUGCUGCUAGUCCUGGCUGUGGUUCUGUUGGGGCAGUACGUGGUACGAAGGUUCUUCAAAUCAUCGUGACUCCAGGGGGCGCUUUGGGGCCCCAGCUGAGACCCCUGCCUGCAUUUCAGCCCAGACUUCUCCCUCUCCUCUCCCCCACAGGGGUCCCCCCACCCCAAGAGUACGGAACCGUUAGCAAGGGGGCACUCCGACAUGAGGGGCUCCUGCCUGGGGUCACUCGGGCUGCACAGGAGCCCCAACACUGCGUGGUGCUAACUGGGCCCCAGCCUGUGGGGGUGCUGUAGCUCCCUUCUCCGCUCUCCAAGACCCCUCACCCCUGCCUGCUGGGCAGUAGGAGACAAGAGCCUGGGGUCUGGUCCUUCCCGGAGGCUUUUAAUGGUUUUAGCUUGUCUUUAUAUUCCCUUGGGAGAUGCCCUGAUCCCCACCACCCUGCCUGAGGUCAGGACACCCAAGGUGCAGGUCUACCCUGUCCCCAGGACACAGCUGGUCUGGAAGGUCAGAGCCUGGGGGGUGGGACACGAACCCGGCACAGCUCCUGGGGGGCAGGCUGGCUCGGAUGGGGGCCUAGGUCCUGCUCCCCGCCCCAUACUGCCUCUGUGGUUGGGCUCUCAGGGAUUCUGGGCUGGGCUUGGGGCGGGGCUGGGGUCAGGGUCGGAGCUCUCUGCAGUGUCCGUCAGAACCACCAAGCCUGGCCCUGUCCUGGUCCGCGCCCAUCCCCUCACCGAAUAGCCACUGGCUCCACGCCAGUCGCUGUAGGACCCAUAGUGUAGGUGGGGGCCCUGGUCCUGCUCCCCAAGGGCCCUUCUCAUGAGCUCUCUGAGGACCCUCUGACGGGGCUGCAGUGCCUUGGUUAAU